UCGAGCACAACCCUGCAAGCUAGCCCGUGGCAACUGGAUCUGCACCCGUUCACCCCUGCGGACCCCCUCGUACGGUGUGGGCGGCGCUCUAUCUAUGCACCAUCGGUCGAUUGGUCAUGGACGGAGGUCGGACGGUCGGAUACGGCCCCGGCGGACAGUGCCGAUAAGAUUGGCCGAGGCCGAUCGGAGCCGCUGCUCGGUGCCAUUCGUCCAACUGGGGCCCGCGCUGCUGCUGCCGCUACCCAUCAUCAGGCCGAACAGAGCCAGUCACCAUGACGGCCAAGAACUCUGUGAGCUCGUCCGGCAGUCUGAUGGAGGCGGCGGCGGCGGCGCAGAAGGGGCUCAGUCCGCUGGUUGCCGCCAUCUUCAUCACCGGCAUGGUGGCCGGCAGCGGCAUGCUGGCGCUCGCCAACGCCGUCAGACUCACAGGCGUGAUCGGCCUGGUGAUGCUGCUGUACUUUGGCGUCAACUCGGCUUUCUGCGGCUACACUCUGUCGCGGUGCUGGCUGAUCGUCGAGUCGCGCUACCCGGAACUGCAGGAACAAGUGCGAGCUCCCUACCCAGAGAUCGCCUACAGGGCCUUCGGAAACCCACUCAAAUAUCUGGCCUCGGUGGCCAUCUUCAUCAACCAGUUCGGCUCUGGCGUGGUGUACGUGCUGCUGUCGGCUGAGCUCAUCCGCGACCUGGUGCAGUCGGCCGGCUUCGACAUGGUCGAGUGCUACUGGAUCCUCGUCAUCGCCGCCAUCCUCACGCCGUGCACCUUCCUCGGAUCGCCCAAGGACUUCUGGUUCAUCGGCGUCACGGCCCUGGUUUCCACGAUGCUCGCCUGGCUAUGCAUCAUCAUCCACCUGGGAAUGUACUACGACGAGACGGUCGAUAAGGCCGAGCACACGUCGCCCACCUUCAAGACGCUGUUCCUGGGCAUGGCGACGAUCCUGUUCGCCUUCGGUGGUGCCUCCUCGUUCCCGACCAUCCAGAAUGACAUGGCUGACCGUACCAAGUUCGGUCGCAGCGUGCUCUUCGGAUACAUCGGCCUGAUCUGCAUGUACUUUCCGAUGACGCUUCUCGGCUACCUGGCGCUGGGCGACCAGCUGGAGGCUGACCUCAUCAACUCGCUCUACCCCAACAGCUUCUUCAAGAGCGCCGCCCAGGUGCUGUUCAUGCUGAACCUGACGACGUCUCUGGUGAGCGUCAUCAGCCCCGUCUACCAGCAGCUGGAGGACAGCAUCGGCAUCCCUUCCGACUUCAACGUGCGUCGGGUGCUGUUCCGGACGGCUAUGAUGGUACUGAACGUGCUGAUUGGAGAGACGGUGCCCAGCUUCGGCAAGAUCCUGAACCUGAUCGGCGGCAGCACGCUCACGCUGAUGACGUUCAUCCUGCCACCCAUCAUGUACCUAAGGCUGACGUCGAUGCCGGCCACUGAUGGCGGCAAGUGGGAGAAAAUUGAGGUGCCCCUCUGGGAGAAGGUCCUGCUCGGGGAGAUCAUCCUGAUCGCCACGACCGGCGGCAUCGCGGCCACGUACUCAGCAGUGGCGGACAUCCUCGACCCGACUUCGUUCGAGAGCUCCUGCUUCAUCAGCGUAUAGCCGACGGCUGCCCCAUCGGGCGACCGGCAGCUGCGCAACGUCGCCUUCAUCAUCACAUUAACGUCAUUCAUCAUCCAUCAAGUUCCUUCACAGCCGGUUUUACGAAAGGGGAGCAGAACCGCUUUAGUCAGAGCCUUCGAGACGAUGGAGUGCCCGUGGCGAGGUGGCCCCCGCAGCGAGGAGACGCAAGUGGCCCCGGCGGGAACGAGAAGUGUCAACAGCAAAGCGACGAGCCGACGACGGGAAGAGAUUCGACAACCAAUCGCCUGAGGUUCAGUUCAGAUGGUCCCACGGUACUGAGAACGCCAGCGGCCAGCAUUCGAUGUUCCGCAGCACAUCACACAUGGUCAUCAAAAGACGGUGAAGACGGAAUCUGUUUUAGCUGUCCGGGUGGUUGUUGUAAUGUUUGCGUCCCCUCGAUUGGUUGCUAAUGGGCCGGACUUUAUGGCAACUGUAACUAUCUGUUGGUUGUGGAGAUCGAUGAAGUAUGGAAACCAUGACUGUUAGCUGGUUUCGAACCCAAUGCCGCAACAAGACCUCUGCUCUUUUUGACUCGUGCUCAGAGUCGCGAUGGUGUCAGCGAAGAGUCCCAUUGAGCCUCAUGCAUUAUCUGCCACUGCCUGGCGGUGAAACGUUUGUGUUAAUUUUGUGAAACUUAUGACCUGUGAUCACUGAUCAUUUUACCAUGUAGUGUCCUGCGUUUCUUUAAGUUUUCCGGGGAGGUGUUUUAGGGGAAUAGUUCACCCGAAAGAAAUAUCAUUGUAGAUGAGGAAUAUGCUGGGAGGAUGAAAUGUUAAGGAAAUAUUUCACUCGCACAAAAUAAACAUAUAUGACCUUGAGUACCAAACUAA